CGCCGUGGGCCCGGCCCGCCCGCCGCUGCCGCGCGGCUCGGCUCGGUUGGGCUCGGCUCGGCUGGGCUCGGCUCGGCUGCGCUGCGCUGCGGGCGGCGCCGCGGCCGGGGCGGGGGGGGGGGGGGGGCCCGGCCGUCGCGGCCAUGGGAAGCGGCUCGGCUGCGGCGGGGGCUCCGGGCGCCCUCGGGAGCUGCCCGGGGGGCGAGAGCCGGGCGCCGCCGGGGGCAGAUGCCCUCCUGUUCCCGUAGAGGCUUUGCUGCUUCGCUCUCGGACCGAUGUGACGCGGGCGCAAAGAUCAUGACCGAGGUCCUCCUCUCGGCCGCCCUCAACGGAACCGACCCCAACCUGCUGCCCAGCGGCUGGGCGGCGGGGAAUGCCACCACCAAGUGCUCCCUCACCAAGACGGGCUUCCAGUUCUACUACCUGCCCACCGUCUACAUCCUCGUCUUCAUCACGGGGUUCCUGGGCAACAGCGUGGCCAUCUGGAUGUUCGUCUUCCACAUGAGGCCUUGGAGCGGCAUCUCGGUUUACAUGUUCAACCUGGCGUUGGCCGAUUUCCUGUACGUCCUGACCCUGCCUGCCCUCAUCUUCUACUACUUCAACAAGACAGACUGGAUCUUUGGGGACGUCAUGUGCAAGCUGCAGAGGUUCAUUUUCCACGUGAACCUCUACGGCAGCAUUCUGUUUCUGGCGUGCAUCAGUGUGCACAGGUACACGGGGGUGGUGCACCCCCUCAAGUCGCUGGGGAGGCUGAAGAAGAAGAACGCCGUCUACAUCAGCGCCCUGGUGUGGGUCGUCGUCGCCGCCGUGAUCUCGCCCAUCCUGUUCUACUCGGGAACGGGCGUUCGGAAGAAUAAAACCGUCACGUGCUACGACACCACGGCUGACGACUACCUGAGAAGCUACUUCGUUUACAGCAUGUGCACCACGGUGUUCAUGUUCUGCAUCCCUUUCAUACUCAUCCUCGGUUGUUACGGGCUGAUAGUGAAAGCUUUGAUUUACAAAGAUCUGGACAACUCUCCCCUUCGGAGAAAGUCCAUUUACCUGGUUAUUAUUGUGUUGACGGUUUUUGCCGUGUCUUACCUUCCCUUCCACGUGAUGAAGACCUUGAAUCUCCGAGCCCGCGUGGAUUUCCAGACUCCACAGAUGUGUGCCUUCAACGACAAGGUCUAUGCCACCUACCAGGUGACCAGGGGUCUGGCCAGCCUCAACAGCUGCGUGGACCCUAUCCUUUAUUUUCUGGCCGGCGACACCUUCCGUCGGCGCCUUUCCAGGGCCACCAGGAAAUCCUCGCGGAGGAGCGAGCAGAACGUGCAGUCCAGAAGCGAGGAGAUGACUCUCAACAUUUUGUCGGAGUACAAGCAGAAUGGAGACACGAGCUUGUGAGGGAGCGCGGAAGGCGGGGAGCGCUCUCAGAAAUCCUCCGCGCUGCCACAGCAGGACACUCUAGUGCUGCAAGUAGGUGAGGAAAAUCUGCCAGUCUCGCAAGUUCGCUGUAGGGAAAGCUGCAUUUUCUGAUCCUAGAGAAAAGCUUAACAGAGUAAGUGGGAAAAGUCUAAUCUUAAUGGAAAAUAACAUGUCAGAAUUCAGCUUUUCUUCUCUUUAAGCUUAUAAUAGUCUCACUUCUUUCUGACUUGUGUCAGAUAGAGUAAAACAAGGUAAAUUCCCUCAAGGAAGAAAGCCAUCAAAGUGCGUCUAUUUUAAUGACUUAGUCUCCCACGUUCAAAAAAUUUUCUUUGUUAUCCUCUGUUUAAAAACAGGAAAUGAAAAUCAGAAAGAGUAAAACCCUGUGUUAUCUGAUGCUCAGUCCAGAUAUCCAGCCUUAGCUCUGUCUUUUUGCUUACUUGCCCUUGUAACCUAGUGUUUAGAUGAAAGUCAUGGUGCAGUUAUCUCGCCUUUGAAGUUGUGUUAUCUCUUCAUCUGCUUUUAGCGUUGAUGAUUAUUUGGUGGUUCGGUAGCAUUUAUGAUUCAGCCUCCGAACGCCGACGUUUCACGAAGCAGAGGCUUGCCGGCGUGCGGAGAGGACGCUGCCGGGCUGUUACGGGCGUUCCGCAAGCUCCGGGCCCGCCGAGGCGGGUUGGCGCCGGGGUCGAACGACCCCUCGGCUCUGCAGCGCGGGGCUUGGCAGGGGCAGGGCGCGGCGGCCGUGGGGCGCAGACGUGGUGGACGCACGCGUGCGCGUGCCCAAAGCACUGCGCGGGCGCCACGAAGGGCUGCGGCGCGGGGCUGAGCCCGGGCUGCGGCCGCGUGCGAGGACGGAGCCUCACCAGCCUCCCCGCGGCCCCGACGCCGACUCCUCGUGUUGCAAGUUUUCCUUGAGUUCUUUACGGGUAAAACAUUAGCAGUGUGCACACUGGAAGUAACUGCACCUUUCAGACGAGUGAAAACUACAGUUAGGUGAAUUACCUUCAUUUUGGUUCGAUACAAGGAUAUUCCUGUUGCUUGCAAUCUUGACAGAUACCGUAACAGUUGUUUCCCAAGAAAGUACUUGGUAUUAAAAGCUAUUUUAUAUAUAUAUACAUAUAUAUAUAUAUAAAAUUCAGAGAGAAUUAACUUUUUUUGUACUGUGAAAAAUGAAUUGCUGUAUUAACAAGAUGUUGCAAUAUACUACAGACUAAAUCUACCCCUUUGUUAUAUUUUCUUCUCCAAAUGUGGAAAAAGUCAUCCAAAACCAGUCAAGCUGAGCUCUUGUGUAACGCAGCAGCUAGUGACCGGAGCCCGGAUGAAAUCCUACAUGUGCAGUCCUAUUCACUUCUCAUGUUUUUAAGAAAUGUGUUUGAAAAUAUUGUGUGCUAAAUAGAGUAUGAAGGCAUGCUUUGAAUUAUAAACUUAGUGUACAAAAUUAAGUUCUGUGUAAUCCUACGGAUGGUUUUAACAGAUCCUCACUCUUCCAGUCUUCACAGUAAGAAUACAAUAUUUAUAUUUUACUUAAUUUCCGGUGAUCGACGAUAAACAGGAAUAACUCUAGUUAUUUUUGACAACUUUGUAAAGCAGCUCUUAUUCACACGUACAGCUUCUUAAUCUGCAAAACUGGUAUUUAUUGAACUUAUUUAUUGGAAGACUAAAUGUAAAGUAUUGUUGAAUACUUUUUGAAUGGUACUCUGUGUUCGUAUUCGGAAUUGGGCGUUAAUGGAAAAAUUUAACAGCAUGUUCAAAUCAUUGUAAUACUGUGUCAUCUAACAGAACUUCUUUAUAAUAAACUCAGUUCCACCCUGA